AGGAGGAUGAGACCCUGCGGCCGUCCCCGCAGCAGCCCCCGGCAGCAGCACCGGCUGAGCCGCGGCCCCCGGCCCGUCCUGCUCCCGGCCCCUCGGCGCCCAAGCGGGAGAAGCCCAAGGAAGACACCGAAUCCCGGAAAGUCCUGACGAACGGAGCGGCCAAGGCCCGGCCCGAGCUGGCACAGGAUGCUGUGACAUCCCUGCUCCCUGCCGGCUCUUGCAGCAGAGGCCUGACGCAGCUCAGUGCAUGUGCUCAGUGCAGGGAGGUCCCCGUGCGGAGAAGGGUCUCCGUGCGGGACCGGCCUCCCACCCUGCUCUCGGCCGGGAUUCCUGCUUUGCCCCCGCAGGAUCUGGCCCUGCGCCUGCACAAGGAGGAGCUUUUCCAUCCGAAGGCACCCGGUCCCGCAUCCCGGCUGCUGCCCAACGGAGCCGGGAAGGGGCUGGAGGGCGGCAGGGAGCCGGGAAGCGGCCCCUUCCCUCCCCUCGCCGCCCCGGGGAAGCCGCCCCGCAAGCUGCAGUCCCACCACUCCAUCAACAGCCAGGGCAGCAAGAAGAGCAAGGGCAGCUCCAAGUCCGCCUCAUCCCACAUCCCCAUCGAGGCUCAAGAAGAUUGCUGCGUGCACUGCAUCCUCUCGUGCCUCUUCUGCGAGUUCCUGACGCUGUGCAACAUCGUGCUGGACUGUGCCACCUGCGGCUCCUGCACCUCCGAGGACUCCUGCAUCUGCUGCUGCUGCUGCAACUCGGGCGAGUGCGCGGACUGCGACCUGCCCUGCGACAUGGACUGCGGCAUCAUCGACGCCUGCUGCGAGUCGGCCGACUGCCUGGAGAUCUGCAUGGAGUGCUGCGGCCUCUGCUUCUCCUCCUGA